AUGACAACCGCGGAUCUGCCUCAGUAUUACGCAAAUACUUUGACCCCACUAGAUAUAAACAAACGGUCCUUGGUGAACGCCCUCAAGGAACUACAAGUUGCUGUUAGUCGUGGGGCUAGUCUACUGCAAGAGAGUUGUCCUCCUCAGAACGACUGGGGGGCGACCUACGACACGGGCUGUUACGUGGGAUUUCCAGGGAUUGCGCUUGCCUUCCUUCGACUGGACCAUCAGGUUAAUGCGCUGAGCAGCCAAGACGUUGGACUUCCCCUUGACUUUCGCAGGCUUGCAGAUGAGCGGAUCCUACCACACGGGCCAGAUGUGCCAUUCUCGCCCGAAAGAGUAUCUCCCUUUGGUUCAUCCAGCGUGCUAGUGGGGCCCUUGAUGCGGAUUCUUGCAUCUGCACAACCAGGCGCAUCGAUUUCUGAGGCCGAUAUUGAAUGUCUCCGGAAUGUUGUGCAAGUGGCCCUCAGCAAUAGCCAUAUGCUGCCCCAUGGUGAUCGGCUGAUUGGUACCGACGAAGUCUUGUAUGGUCGGGCAGGAGUCCUGUGGGUUGUACUCAGUAUCAGAGCCCACAGGUAUGACGAGCAAACUACGGGCCUUCUGGCGUCCGUCUUUAAAACCGUCCCAAAGCUUGUCGAUGCGAUUAUUGAAGGAGGACUCCAAGGCAGAAAAGACUACACAAAGAAAUAUGGGGAGAAAGAUGCGUUGCCAUUGAUGUGGCACUGGCAUGAAGACCGGUACGGUCUUGGAGCUGUACAUGGAAUGUCCGGCAUAAUUGCAGCUCUCCUUGCCUGCAACCCAGAGGAGCUUAACGACGGUGCUUCGCGCAAUUACUUGCCCCUGAUAGCGGAUACUAUCUCAAAACUCUGCAAGAUAUGCAUAUUUCGUAACGGUCAUCUCCCAACGAACCUUCCUGACCGUGGGCCUUCGUCCCGUCGCUCCUCUCCCCUUGUCCAAAUUUGUCAUGGUAGUCCUGGCAUCCUAACACUUAUGGCAAGCGCCAGAAGGAACAUACCCCUAACAUCCAACUUCUGGCAGCCCGAGUGGGAUAUGGCAAUUCGACUGGCAAGCGAGAGGGUUUGGGAGGAAGGGCUACUUUCUAAAGGUGGCGGGAUCUGUCAUGGUAUCACCGGUAAUGCAUGGUCACUGUUACUUCUCCACGACAGCUUUCAGUACGAUAAGAAAGAGAUGGAGACCGCUAAACGCAACUAUAUGGGACGGACGCAAACCACCAAUACGACAGCAGUGGAAAGCGGACUUACCGGUGACUAUUUCUUGUCAAGAGCGCUGUCGCUCAUGCUGCAUGCACGGGAGACUCCUCCUUACCAUAACCCGACGUCGCCGGCUUCUAACAUCUAUCGAAUGCCUGAUCAUCCAUUCUCCCUCACAGAAGGUCUGGCAGGCGUUGUCUGUGCGUGGGCAGAUGCAUGUGUGACUGUGCAGAUGAGACUCCGAGACAUGCUUCUCCGGGAGAAAUGGCCGGACAGUGGUUCAUCUUUGAAGGCAGACCCAACAUUUCAAGACCUUGAAACUUUGCGGUUAGGGAUCCCGACCCUUGCCUACCACCGAGCUGCGGUGUUGCCUUAG